GUAUCGAUAUCAGACAUUGGUCAUAAUAAAACCCAAAAUGCUACCGAGCUUCCAUCAGUAAUACGGUGAAAAUGAGGCUGAUCAUACUCGUACUCAGUGCUUUAGUAGGAGCUCUGGCUGCUCCCGGUUCGAUCGAGUCGAAACCGAGCCUGCCGCAAGGCCGCAUCAUUGGCGGCCUGGACGCGUUGCAGCAUGAGUUCCCCUCGAUGGUUUCGGUGCGCCGUGUAUUCCUUACAACUAACAGCCAUAUCUGCGGUGGUACAAUCUACAACAAUCUCUGGGUUUUGACGGCGGCUCAAUGCGUAGUCGGCAACAACAACUACCGCGUAUGGGCUGGAUCUCACAAUAUAAACAUUGCCGAGAGCACGCGUCAAGAUAUCGCCGUUUCCCGGGUAGAAAUCCAUCCGGAUUACGUAGCGGGCGAAGUUGGUCCGAGUGACAUCGCCUUGUUGCGUCUGGCAACGCCUCUAACGUUUACGCAAGCUAUCCAACCCAUGAUAUUGCCGCCGGAGGAUCACAGUUUGAAUGAGCAGGGUCCCGUUUCGCUUGUUGGAUGGGGUGCUACCAGUACCGGAACUUUGCCAAGCAACCCAUCGAUCUUGCAGAAGGCCAUCAUUCCCCUGAUAACCUAUGCACAGUGCGAGGCAGCAAAUGGGGGACCAGGCGCUUCUCCUCUUGGCCCCACUAACGUUUGCACAGGACCACUGACCGGUGGCAUUGGAGCGUGCGCCGGCGAUGGGGGUGGUCCAAUUUACAGACGCGAGGACAAUCGGCAAAUCCAAAUCGGUAUUGUUUCCUGGAUUUGGACACCAUGCGCAUCACCAGACCGACCAUCGGGUGUGUUUGUUGGUGUUUCACAUUAUCUACCUUGGAUGCGACAAAUUAUUCAGCAAGGGUAGAGUCGUUGCUAAUGACCGUUUGAAGAGGAUUUGAUAAAAAAAAGUUUGUAUACAAGAAGCGAAUACAUGAAUUUUCGGUUUUCUCA